AUGACGAGCUUCGCAGUGUUGAACGAGGAGAAGAAAAUCCUGAGGCGCAAGGAAAAGGAGCUGGAACGCCAGCAGAAGAUUAAUGCAAAGAUCGACGAGAUCAAGAAGACGCCACUCGCUCACACCGGCAAAUGGGCCGAUGCUUCGGACGACGAGGAGCUGAUGGCCAAGCCUCCUCCCAUUUCAGACUCGGAGUCCGAGUCUGAGCACGAAGCCGAGCAGGCUCCGGUGGUGGAGGAGAGUUGGGAGAAUCGCGAGACCAACGAAGCUAAGUCGGAGGCAGCUCCUGCUAGCAAGAAGAAGGAGCCCAAGAAACAGGUGAAGCCCGAGGACGAGGAUCUGGAUGCCAUUCUCGGUGAGCUCGGGAUAGAGAUCCAAGCCGAUGCGCAAGGUGGUGCUUCGGGAUCGAAACGCAAUCGCAAGAAGAAAGACAAAGAGGAAGCGGGUGACGCCCCAGCCGGCGGAUAUCCUGCAGCAGCCAAGGAGGAUGGAAAGGCGAAGGAUGCUAAGCCCAAGGAGGAGAAGCCAAAAGCGGCCAAAGCGAGCGAGGAGAAUGGCGCUGAAAAGGAGAACGAAGAGGAGAAGGUUGUCGAUGAAGCGACAAAGCAGGCUGCGCUCGAGGCGUUGAAGAAGAAGAAAGCUGCUGCGAAGAAACCGGCGGCCUCGGAUGCGGCGAAACUCGCCGCUGCAGAGGCCAAAAAGCGCGCUGAGCAGAAGAAGUCUAAGAAGGACAAGUCCAUGUAUGACCGGUGA